UGUACGGUUUUAUUGACGGGUUUCCUGUGGAUCGUUUGAGCCUAGGUCCUAACGCGAUUCAAAAUGGCCGACGAAAGUCUUUCGAGUCUGAUAAGGCAAUCAAUCAAUGAAAUAUCGAAUCGUUUUGAGAAUUGUAUGGAUGRCUCAAAAAAUUUAGAAUCGUUUGUAAUUAGUAGACUUCCUGAAGAUUUUGAUUAUCAAUUCAAAACGGUAUCUGGCAAUGAAAAGAAAUGGAAGGCUUCGUUUGUUGUCAAUGAACAUGAUGGCUUACAGCUAAAGUCUUAUGAAAUUUGRSUACAAGAGUUUCAGGAGUCCAAUAAUAUUGCUACGAGAAUGAAGACCAAGAAAAAAMCAACAAAGGGAUGCAUGAUUCACAACUACUAUAGGUGUCAACAUAACACGAGGAACUGGAGUCCUACAAAAGAUCCACAAAGAAAACUGACGAAAAAUCCUUCAGCCAGAGUAAAAAACACAAAUUGUCCUUUUCAACUUAUAAUCAAAAUCGACAUGAAAGGAAGUUGUUAUGUUGAUAUAGAGUGGGAGCAUAACCACUCAAUAGAGAGUUUGGAGGCAGCGAACUUUAGAGACAUUUCAUCAGAGUCCAUAGCCAAAGUAAAACGUCUUUAUGAAUGUGGGCACACACCAUCAACUGCUCUGCAGCAAUUUCUGAAGGAAUUACGGGAUUCUUGUGAUGAACUAUCCUACCAUCUGAAAAAAGCAGACAGGUCAAUAACACCUAGAAGAAGGGACUUUAAUCAUUUAUAUGAACAGUUUGGWCGAGAAAAUUUUKGGGGAAAGGGUGCCCAUAUGUUCAAUAAACUUGUUGACAAACUUAAGUUUUACUUGACAGAAAACCCUGGAGCAACAACUAGUCAUCAAGUAUAUGAAGGUGAUGACAAACCUCUUAUUGUUGUUAUUGUUACUCCUYUAAUGAAGCGUGUGCAUCAAGAGAUCGCCCAGUCAGGUGAAUUAGUGUUUGUUGAUGCCACAUCAAAUACAGAGGAACAUAAUUUGAAAGUGUUUGUGAUUUGCACUCAUAGUGUUGCUGGAGCACUCCCAUUAGGAAUAAUAAUAACUAGUGAUGAGCGUGAAAGCACACUGCAAAAAGCCUUUAACAUGUACAAGUCAUCUUUACCAGAAUAUGCAUUCUAUGGGCGUGGUCCUAGCAUUGGUCCUCAAAUUAUAUUGACAGAUAACUGCACUGAAGAGAGAAGCACASUUAAGUCUGUUUGGCCUUCAGCUACUUUGCUACUUUGUAUCUUUCAUGUGUUGCARCAAGUUUGGAGAUGGCUGCAUGAUAAAGAACAUUGUAUUGAACAGGCAGAUCGCCCUUAUAUAAUAUGUCUCUUUAAGAAAUGCUUGUAUGCAAGAUCCAAAGYACUUUUUGAAGAAUGCUUCACUGAAAUGCUCAAUGAUGGGAAGUGCAAGAAAUAUGGUAAUCUAAUCCUGUAUUUGUCAUCCCUUUAUAAUGAUAAGGCAGACUUUGCUGUUUGUUUCCGUGCUGAGUUACCUGUAAGAGGAAAUCACACCAAUAAUUUUGUUGARGCACAGUUCCUUGUGCUUAAGGAUAUAAUCUUAAGAAGAGUAAAGGAGUACAAUGUUGUCGGUCUAGUGGACAAAUUGACAACUGAGCUGGAGGAUCACUACAAGGAUAAGCUGCUGUCUAUUGCAGAUGGCAGUUUCGAUGGCCUCUACAGACGUCGUUUUAUGGGAARAGCUAAACAUGAGAAAGGCAAAGAUGGUGGAGUUGGUUUCAGGAUGCCGAAUGAUGAAGAACGCGAUAGACUUAUUUCAACAGUGAAGAAGUUUGAGAAUAAUGUAUUUAAGAUGGAGAGUGCUUCAGGAAGACAGAGGUAAGCACAUUUGAUUGAAUUCAAAUCUACCAAGGGCAGAUCCAGCUAAAAUAAUUUUAAAUAACAACAAAUGUGGCUGGGUACUGCUGUUAUUAGUGAUAGAAGUGUCUAAGCUAUAGUGAAGCACAGAUUCGUUUGUCUCUGACAAUGCCUUGAACAGCAAAAGCUUAAACACUUCUAUCAUUUACCAGCAGUACCCGGCCACAUUUGUGUAUUUAUCUUAAUCCAACAAAAAAAGAGUUGGCCAAUCAGAUAACAGGAACACCAGACAGUGAUAMAUGUACAUACUAACAUGUUCCCACACUCUUAUCAGAUCAAGUUUYAUCUGAUUGGCUAAAUGAGAAUUUUGUUGUGAAGGUUGUUUAC